AGCAGCAUGCGGUCAAUUAUCCAAACAUAGCUCGUUGGUAACUUCUUGGGUCUGCACGAAACAUGAAGUGUCUUUUUAUGACGAAAAUUAACGUGUUAAUAUUCAAUUAGGUGGUUUCGAUUGGAAGGUUGAGCUGUGAAUAUUGAAUAUUUAAAAAAAACAUCGCCAGCCUAGUGUGACAAAUAGGCUGUCCUGUGAAGCAGAAAGUGAUCCCAAACCAUUAUCACGGUGUGUUAUCAGUAGGUACCAACCAAGGACAGAUUACAGUAAAAAAAGAUAUCAAAGUGUGAAUUCUAUGAUAAAUAAGAUUAGUGCUGAAUUAAAUAUGAAAUGCUGUCGUAGACUGCUGUCAUCAUAUCGCUGGAAACCUGAGCUUUUCGCACAACAGUUAACUUGAGCGGUGCACACGAUGAAGGCAGCUGACCGACCAGACUACCAUUAGUUCAUUAGCUUGCAGUGCAUCCCCCGCCUUUCAGUCGAUCGUUCGUUGCUGAAGUGUGCAGUUGUGGCAGUUGUCGAAGAAUCAGUGAAAUCGACCUUCAAGUGGUGAUUAAAUUCCUAGAUAGUGCAUUCAACGAUUUGGAAGUGCUUAUGUGUUAAGUUAAGAAGACGUGUUGUCAAUCGUUGAUUUCUGUUAAGCAUCUAAGCUUUGCUCCAUAGACGUCACCGCAUUAGGCAUUACAAGCUGAGCUGUUUCUGCUGGGAACAAAUGGAAAGUACUUUCAACUCGACGGCCUGCGAACAAAAAUUCAGUUGCCCUCGAAACUCGUAUCGGUAGUAUUGGUAACAACCAGUCAGUCAGUGCUGCAGAAAGCUUUGUUGGCUAUCAUUCAGGUGGUUUGCGUGCGAUCCUCUUUCGAUCUUUACCUGAGCUGCAGCAGGGAGGUACAAAAAUGUGGUGAAUAAGUCCCGGUCGAGUAGGAGUGAAAGAGAAGCAAGUAAUAAUAAACCCAGUUUAGUUGUGAAACCAGUAGCAAGAAAACUGCGGAAAACACGCGAAAAGGUUGACUAAGCGAGUGCGUUUUAGAGGCAGAGAAGCAAGACAAGCUUAAGUUCCAACGAGUGAAGUUUUCCGUGAAAACCGCACUGCCACGAGGGUUUUCUCGAACCGCCCAGCCGUUCAGGUGAAAAUUGUUAACCAUAAGCAUACUGUUUUAGCAUAAAAAAACUGCACAAUGUUGAAGAGCAAAGUAACGGAAGAGAAGGUCACUCUGCUGUCUACCAACCAGAUUCCGAUCAUCGAUCUUGCUCACUGCGGUACGGAGGAAUGCCCGAUUCGGUCCGUAGUGUUUCGUGUCGGAGGGCAACUGUUACGCGCUUUAUCGGAGAAAGGCGUUGCACUGCUAGUGAAUCAUGGAAUUGCAGAAGAAAAGAUCAAACAUGCCUAUGGCCACCUGGACGAUUUUUGCAAAUUGUCGGAUGACACCAAGGAGCAGUACCUCCGGAAGGAUGGUAACCAUGGUUAUGUGAAGCCCGGACAGGAACGUUUCGAUGGCAAAACCAAGGAUCUACGUCACACAUUCAACAUCUGCACUCUCAAACCGGAAGCACCGCUGCCGGAAGAGCCAUUGCCGGGAUUCCGGGAGCACAUAUCAGACUUGGCGAAAGAUUUUCAACGAUUGUCGUCGCUACUGCUGCAAGCCCUCGCCGUAGGCCUGGAUCGGCCCUGCAGGUACUUUCUAGAGAAACAUUCCCACAUUCUUGAUGGGGAGAGCGAAAAUCAGUCGACAUUCCGCCUCCUGUAUUAUCCACCGUUGAUCGUGGACGACGGUCAGAAUGAACUGCAACGAGGUACCUGCCACUACAGCCAGCAGCGAUGUGCGAAGGAUGAAAUUGAUCUCUCCAUACCUGAGGACUACAAGAAAAGGAUGGCGGAAGAGGAGGAGAACCGAGAAGCCCAGUACACUCGCUGCGGGGCUCACUGUGACUACGGAACGUUCACCCUGCUGGUUCAGGACUCUGAAGGUGGUCUCGAGGUCAAGCUGCCCGGAACGGACAAGUGGAAACGGGUCGGUCACCUGCCAGGGGCAAUUCUGAUCAAUGCCGGCGAACUGCUGGCAGUUUGGACCAACGAGAAAAUUCCGGCAUUGCCUCAUCGAGUUGUGAUUCCACAGGAGGAAACUUUGAUGCACCGCGGUAGACAUUCGAUAGCGUUCUUCGUCCAUCCAGACAACUGUACCGAUAUCGUACCGAUGGAAAUGCCCAGUUCCAGUUCCUCCAACUCGCUCGAUUCGAUAGAAAAGAAGCCGAAAAACCGAAAAAAAUCCUUCAAAACGGCAAAAACCAAAAUUUACAAUGCCUAUCAACACGUGCAACGUCGCUUCAAGGAAACGUAUGCUUCCUAACAGCAGCACCAGAUUGCCGCCGCCACCACCAGUGCAGCAGCGCCGUCGUUCCGAACAACGUUUGGGCACAUUCGGUCGGAAAAACUGCUCUUCUUCGGAAAGACUGCUUUCCAUCGACUUGCUUCUUUCAUUUCAGUUGGCGACUAGCGAAAAAGUAACUUAAAAUUAGAUAUAAAAAAUACUUACUCACGGCUGUCACUGCGAACAGCGCCGAAGGUUGUGAAUGUACACCGAGCGAAUCACUCGAUGUAGCUAUUUAACCGUUUGUCCAUCAAUCAAGUUGAUGGCUGAAUGAGCAUCCAAUUCACGGUAGUAUGGUUAUCAGAAGUAACGAGACCAUUUGCAGGGUAUACCCUCGCCACGGUACGUUUAGCUGCCGCAUGCAUUAUAAUCAGUCUAAAUCGAUAGCCUUCUAAAUCACGAUGAAAUACGUGUACAUGCGAUAAUGCUGCGCUGCGAAAGUGGUUUUUUAUCAGUCUCCAACAGCUCAGAUUACGGUUGAUCGUCUGUAACAAAAUCUAAUCUUUGUUCUAAACGGUUUGAGCCAGCUACCGGGCUAGUAUGAGGGAGGAACAACGAAAACAUAAUAGCAAAACUAAAAUGGAAAA